GACGUCACUUCCGUCAAAUCGAAGGAACACCAUCAAUCUACCCGUUGAGGAGAUGAACAUGAGCUAAUAUUUUCUUUCAAUGGUUGGCAAAGUAAAUAACCUUACAUUUAUCCAGACUACUUAAUGAGACAAAUAUGUCCGACAAUCGCGUAGCAAUGGAUGGAGAUGUUGAGAGAGCGGAUGAAACAAUGGAGGACCUGGAGAAGACAAUCCUCAGCAUGUGUUCCGGCGUGGGGCAGAGGUCUCCGCAUGCAGUAGAAGCAUCAGGGGCUGUUAGAACCUCCAAGGACUCAGCAGGUAUCCAGGAAAGGAGUCUGUUGAACAACCUGAGUCCCAUCAAGAGAGCCGAGCAGGAGGUGGCAGUAGUGACCCCCCUGACACACACCUGGAUGGGCACAGCUCAGAGCACACCCAUUACUGACACAACUCACUGUCCAGUAUACAACAGCAGAAGGAGGGGUUUGUUGUAUCCCUCGGGGCCUGACCUUGAGAUGCAAGCUGAGGACGGGGACAGCUUCACCUCGUAUGAGAACAUCUAUGAUGACGGGAAAACCUACGAAGAUCUUUUGUUGGAGGUGUCCCGGAUCUGUGGGGGGUCCAUGGCUGAAGAAAACAAUGAAACUCUGACAAAUAUCAGUCGCAUUAAUGUGGGAGAUAUUGUGUCAACUACUGAGAAGCCUGCAAUAAGCAUCUUACCUGGACCAUCUCGAGCUGCCGAUAUAGGUGAUGAGAGGUACUUUGCGCAGACUUUGAUGUCUUCAGCCAUGUCGGGGCGUUUCACGGGGGUUCACAAGAGUAGGCAUGUGUUUGAUGAGAGCACUGUAGAGAUUGAUCCUGAACCAAGUGCUGACAUUCUUGGAUUGGAUAAGUUUAUCUGCAGUGAUCUUGAUGAUGAUGAGGAGGAGGAAGCAGAUUCUGAUGAUGACAAUGCUACAGCUAUAUCUAGGUUAAUUGUGUUAGAUACGUAUGAUGCGACCAUGACUGAUUCUAUUGUCCAUACAGAUCCAGUCAGUCAAAGUGUAUUGCAGAUUAACAGUAAUAAGUGCUUAAAAGAAACGAGGGAGGAUGGGUUCGGUUGUGCUUUGAGUAAGGUUGUGAGUUCACUGUCACACUCCAGAAGUAGUCUUACUAGCAAGGAAUCAGGAGAGCUUAGUGAUACGCUACUUGAAAGUGAUGAUUGUGCAACAUCGCAGGCUACGCCUGUUAAGGCAGUACCCGUCAAUAUGAGAAAACGGAAACGGAAACUGUUGAGAAGUGAUAGUGAAAGAGAGGAAGGAGAGUUGACCUCGACAGCCACUGAAGCAUCAGCUAGUGAAGUGGAGGAACUGGAUGCAACUCUUGUCAAGACAACUCUUGAGCAGGACAUUUUGAAAGAAGUGACAGAUGACAUUUCUUUGACCGCCAAGUCUGAGCCUCAUGGAGUUGCAGCUGAGCCUGCUGAACGUCCUUGGGAAGGUGGUGGAGAUGCUGUUCCUGCUUCAGAGGCACCUGGAGCAGCAACUGAGGUACCUGAAACAUCAACAACAGUAUCUGAAGCAUCCCUUGCGGUGCCUCAAGAAUCUGCAGUGGCUCCUGCACCAUCAACAGAGGUACCUGAAGCAACAACAGAGGUACCUGAAGCAUCAACAGAGGUACCUGAAGCAUCAACAGAGGUACCUAAAGCAUCAACAGAGGUACCUGAAGCAUCAACAGAGGUACCUGAAGCAUCAACAGAGGUACCUGAAGCAUCAACAGAGGUACCUGAAGCAUCAACAGAGGAACCUGAAGCAUCAAAAGAUGUACCUGAAGCAUCUACAGAGGCACUUCAAACUUUCAAAGAGCAACCUGAAGUGAAGGUUGAAGCUGGGCAUGACGUAAAACCUGAACCCAAAGAUAAAGCUGUGCUCCCUUCCCCAAAUGUUCUGUGCGAUGAUUUUUUGUUGUCGUUAACAGAAGACGAGGAUGAUGUGAGGAGAGUUCUAGGUGAGAGUAAGAAGAAUGUGGUCAAAACACAAGUGUCCACGUCUGUUGUUGAAGACUCAUUGCUGAUCUCAGGUAAACAUGCUCAAAGUCAACGGGGGAAGACCGUUGCUUCUGAAUCAUUUCAAGAGUCUAUGAUUUCUGAGAUUUGUGAGAAACUGAUGAAGGAAAAGGAUGUGACCAAUUAUGGGAGCUUCACUAUCAUUGAUAGCCCGGGAAAAUGUGUUGAUGAAAGUUUUGUUGUUAUUAGUGAAAGUGCUGUUUCUGCAUCAAGUGAUUUGGUAGAUAAAGAUGUUAAGAAAAACAUAGUGAUGAUAAAGACUGAAGACCGAAGUAGUAGUGUGGCAGAUGCAGAAGGAACCAAGAAAAUAAGCAACACCAACAUCGUGAAGGCCAUGCCCCAAAACAGACCAGUUUCAGAUGUGAAACAGGGCAUAAUUUUGAGCCCAAUAACUGCACCCGAAACGAAAAAGACUAGCAUUAAAUCAGAAGCAAGGAUUUACCCAACUGAGAAAAAUAUCCUUGAAUAUGAAACUGGCUUGAUGAGAAGUGUGAGGCUUAAGUGGGGUAGUCAGGGAAUUCAUAGACCUGACAAAAAUCUUACUUACAGCUCCUGGGUAAGGAAGACACGUACCGACAGAAAAGUGGAGCCGACUUACAUCUUGGAGGGUAAUAGCAAAGUUCCUCCCCUGUUCAGAAAGAAGUCUGUUCCAAUAUCAGAAUGUUCAGAAACCACGUCAAGAUCUGGGUCUCCAAAGCCAAAGAAACCACGGAUACUUGGCACUCCUGGUAAGGCCAUUGGAGACGGCACAAAGAGCAUAAAAUCCGAGCUACAGAAGCAGCUGACAGAAAUACAAACGGAGGAGAAGAGGCUGUCGAACGUGAUGACCAUGCAUCAAGAGGCAUUCCUGAACAGACUGAGGGCGAAGCACGGAAAGAUGUUCCAGGCACUCCGCACACAGCAGAACCUGGAGAGACGGCAGCUCUUUGCCACGUGCGGGGGAUACAUCAGUCCAGCUCUCACAGAGUACCAGAUGAUGCAGCUGAAGCAGGAGCACAUGUUCCAGCUGAACCAGCUGGAGGCCGUCAACGGCAUGGAGAUGCAGAGGGGGUUUAACAUUAUCAACCAGGAGAGGCAGGCCCAGGCGAAUAGGUUUCAGUCCUUGAAACUCCCGGCAUGGGAGUCGAUAAAAAAGUUUGAGGAAAACACUGCUAGCGGUGCCCAGAUGGACGAUGCUCACAUCACUGUUGGUCUGUCCAAGGGUGCGCCAUGUGGUCCGGGCGUUGAGAGGGACAUAGUGAAGGUGUGUCUGCCUGUGGAUGUUGCUGCGUUCAUGAUCAGGGAGGAUGAAGUCUACGAUGCUCACUAUGUCGCCUGAUCCUUCCCUCUGGGAUGGACAAUGUGACUUGUGUCACCUUUUAAGCAUCAUUGAUUAUCCAGCAUGUGAUAUGACCAUCCUAUCAAUAUGAAUACCCUGGACCAAUUCUCAGAGAUAGAUACUAUUCUGAAAUAGUGAAAAUCUAGCAGGAAUAGUUGCCUUACUUUAACCACAAACCUGAAAUGAGUUGUAGACGUGUCAUCUUCCUGAGGCAAGGGCAUUAACUGUCUAUAAAAACCCAGUUUCCACCCUGGAUGAACUGGGCUCAAAUAAGGCAUCUAUGCAUAGUCCAAUCAACAUUGUUGAACAAGCUAGACAUCCGGUUCUAAAACCACAUGAUUUCAACGUGCAGAUUUCGGUGGACUGCAGGAUUUGCAAAGCGUGUGUACUGUCAACUGGUCGUCAACCGAAUUUUCCAAAUCCUUUAUGCUUUUUUAAUCAAGUUACUCAAGUGAUUUGAUGCACCUGUUUUAUUACUUUAUACCGCUGGAAGAUUCUUGGGUAGAAUAGGUCUUCAGCAACCCACGCUUGCCGUAAAAGGCGACUAUGCUUGUCGUAAAAGGCGACUAAUGGGAUCGGGUGGUCAGGCUCGCUGACUUGGUUGAUACA